UCGAAUCUAUGUUAAAUUGUUGAGGUUUUAUUGCGCCGGCGACUAGUUGAAAUAACGCUCUGAAACGGUGCAUACGUCGAAAACGAAACAUAAGCGGCAAGUGAUUAAUCGUUUCCCCUUUUGUUUUUCUACAUUGACGUGCUUACAUAUAUAUAUAUAUAUAUAUAUACGUAUAUAUUUGUACGUAUUUAUGUAUAUUAAUAUACAAAUAUAACUGUGUGUGUGUGUGUGUGUGUAUAAAUGAUAUAUGCCUUAUUCUGUGCUAAAUGCAAACAAACUAAAUAAGCCAUAAAGUGAUGUCACACUCAUAUGCCUAUGCGUAUAUACAUACAUACAUAUAUGUGAAUUAAAUAAAUUUAUAAGAAAUGAUAUAAAGAGACUAAGAAAAAACAUCAGAAACAUCGCCGUUGUUUCAUACACGUUUCAGCUUUAUGAGUCUCGAAUUGAAAAAAAAAUUUGAGAGAUCGCUGACAUAGUAAGUAAAUCGUGUUGAAGUAUAAACUAUAAAUAAGUGAGCAAUCGAAAGGUUAUAAUAAAUUAAGAAUGGGUGAGCUCGAGGAAAAAGAGACCCCCGCAACUGAAAGUGCUACUCAACAUGAGAGUGCAGAAGAGCCCAAGGAGACGGACAAAAUGCUAGAGAAGAAAGAAGAAUCGAUUGAACCACAUUCAGAAAAGUCUGCUGAUAAUAAAAAGAAAUCGAAUUCCAAACCGACUACGCCCGUUAGCGAGAGAAAGGCUUCAGAUGAAGUGCGAUCCAAUGCGAGUGAAGAAAUUAUUGAUGUACCGGUAGAGAGCGACGCUAAAACAACACUCGACGAAGAAAAUCAUGACAACGGUGACGACAAAAAAAUUUCCACCGAGGAUCGGGAAGUUAAACCAAAGAAGAUCCCAAUUGGUGGGCUAAAAUUGCCCGGAUUUUUUAUGAAAUCCAAGCCGAGAGUUGACGGUGACGGUGCCGAUGGUGAACUGCUUGAAAAGGAGCACAAGGAAGAAACAACUAGUGAGGUUAAGUUGGCCAAAAAGGAUGAAAAGCCGGGAAAAAAUUUCGGAAAACGUUUACGAGAUUUUUUUGUACGCAAACCAGCGGCAGAAAAACAAGCUAAACAACAAGCGGCUUCAACUGGAGAUGCCGAUACAAAGAGCGAGGCCACCGCUGAAGCAGGGCCCGCAUCUGAGGCCAAUAUGAGAACAAACUCAGACGGUCCACCACCAAAACGCGGUUUAUUGAAUGCUAUAAAGCUGCCUAUUGCUAAUAUGAUACCGAAGAAGUCGCCCGAUGAUGAUGUAGAGUUGGGUAUGGGUAAAGCUGGUCUCGCUUCGAUGGAGACGUUAGAUGAUUCCCUCAAAGACCAAGACUGCAUAGAUAAAGCGUCUCCGAAGAAUAAUGGUGUAGACGAGAUCUCUAAGCUGAAAAAAACACCAAGUGGCGAAAUAAAGCAGGCCUCCGAAGAGAAAACAUUCAACGAUGCCGAGGAUAUACAAAUUUCGUUUUGUCAACGUUUACGUUCUUAUAAGUGUUCCGUCGACGAUGCUCUCAUCGCAUUAGGCAUCCUCUUAUUUAUAUUUUUGAUUGCUGUCAUCGGUUACGUGCUGUCAUAUGAAACUCUAACGUCACCGCCUAUACGAGAGGGCCGUUUUAUGGAUGCAGUUACCGGUUGCGGUAUGGUCGAGGGAUUAAAAGAAGACGGAGCCUUUGCCUUUCGUGGUAUUCCCUAUGCUUUGCCCCCAACUGGUGAUAGACGUUGGCGUUCAGCUCAAACUAUUGAAGGCAUUGAAGACUGUUGGAAUGGAACAUUGCAGGCACAUAACUCGAGUGCAAUGUGCACCCAGAUGUUAGGAAAUGGUACAGUUACAGGUGACGAGGAUUGUCUGUAUUUGGACGUGAUUACACCGCACAUUCGCUACGAUAGCCCGUUGCCUGUUAUUGUAAUGAUAAGCGCCGAGAGUCUAACCGGGCCUUCGCCGGGCGUGUUACGUCCAUCUGCACGUUACUCCCGUUCGCACGAUGUCAUUUACGUACGACCCAAUUUCCGUUUGGGAGCAUUUGGCUUCCUCGCUGUAGAAGUCCUUACAAAAGACUCCUAUCCUCACACGUCAGGCAAUUAUGGUUUAAGCGAUAUUAUCGCUGCCCUAAAGUGGAUCAAAUUAAAUAUUGUCCAUUUUGGUGGGGACCCCAAAUCUGUAACUAUAUUGGGUCAUCGAGCUGGUGGCACCUUAGUGACUGCGUUGAUUACCUCGAAAAAGGCUGAAGGAUUGUAUACACGUGCUUGGAUAUCAUCUGCUUCGGCCAUAUAUCCAGGUAAAUCAUUGGCUGAAUCAGAGAAACGAAAUCAGGAAUUUUUACAGGCGUUAGAGUGUCAAGACGUUAAAUGUCUACGAGCUGCCUCUGCGGAGAAAAUAUGGGAUGCAACCCCAGAUACAUGGCUGCAUUUUCCGGUCGAUAUUCCCACCGCAGUCGAGAAUAAGACCGCCCACCAUGAAUGGCUGGUUUUGGAUGGAGACAUUUUGCAGGAGCAUCCAGCUGAAUCAUGGAAAAAAGAGCAUGCCGGCGAUCCGGUUUUAGUUAUGGGUACCACAGCUCAUGAAUCUCACACUGAGAAAUUGCGCAGACGUUUCGCCAAUUGGACAGCGGAAGAAAUCAGAAAUUUCAUUGAGUCGUCAAAAAUUGGAACUCUUAAUUUGACUGACGAAGCCAUACGGCGCUACAAUGCCACCAAUUAUCCAGCCCUCGUGUCUAUGAUAACUGAUAUUCGUACCAUUUGUCCGUUAUUAAUUAAUGCCCGCCUUCAACCGUCUGCUCCCUUUUAUGUGGUCACCCAAGGUGCUGGCGAAGAGCAAUUGGCUAUUGUCGACGCUGACGUUCAGGCUAUUAUGGGACGUUACGAGCCCCACACAGUAGAACAACGACGUUUUGUUUCAUCCAUGCAACAGCUGUUCUACUACUACGUAUCGCAUGGCACCGUACCACAGUAUGAUCCGCGGAGGAGAGUAAUUAACGUCGGCCAGGAUCCACUGUCACAGAGCGAUUAUCCGAAUUGCAAUUUUUGGAUUAGCAACGACAUUGUGCCGCGUUACGCUCGUAUUGAUUAAAAAGACUUUGCCGAACGGAAAGGAUAUUCCAUGUUGCCGCCGUAACGUUAACUGGUAAUGACUGAUUUAGUUUAUAUGUGCGUCGCAUUUGACGCUUACUUUACUUUGUUCUUAUUACGCAUUCACGAUAGUUGUAGUUACAUCUAUUCGUACGCAUUGAAAUUUUGUAACAUUCUAAGCUAUCUCCCUUUCAUUUAAUUUUUUCCCCAGUUUAAUCUUUUUUUCACGAGAAUUCAAUAAUGAGAAUGAAUCUGUUUGUAUGUAUACUCAUGUAGUAUUUACGUUGGUAUUACACCACCAUUGUCUAUUUAGUUUAUAAGUGAUUCUAGCUUUUAUAGUUUUGUAAAUUUUAAUUAUAAGACUAUAUAAAUAAAAUAAAAAAAAAAAAGAAAAGAAACAAAAAAAAAAAAAAAACAAUUAAAAACAUGUAAAAGUAAUUGAUGACUGGAAAAGUUAUGAACUCGAUAAAGUUUCUUUAAUUCUUCUUCUUUUUUUUCUUCCUUAUUUUUAAUUACAAUUUAUACAUAUAUGUGAAUUCAUUCACACACAAACGUACGUACAAUACAAACGUAUUUUUGUCUAUAGAAAAAAUAAUUACCAAAAAAAAAAAAAAAAAAAAAUGUAGAA